AUGAAGGGCCGCCGCGGCAUCAACAUGAAACUCCUUGUCAGCGUACUGACCUUAUCCCUGAGCACGCAUGCUCUGGCUUUCGAUUUCGCCCUAGCAGCUCCCAUCAAACGCGGCGAGCGUGCGACACCCACCGUAACAAAAACGAUCUACCACACGGAAGUACGGAGACUGUCUACAAACUUAAAGGACCACCAUGUUAGGAGCGAAAGCUUGGUGUCUGACUCCUCUGCAUCUGUCUCUGAUGAGAUCUUCGCGGCUAUGAACGGGGACACCGCGUCCUCCAUGGCAACAGCAUUCCUUUGGCCAAGGGGACAAAGUGGACAGAAGCCUACCGUUUCCCAAUCACCAGUUACUGGCGUACCUGUGAGUUUCAACGCGAGGCAAGUCGGCUUCGUACAUUUCGACGAUGACACCAAACGCGACGACACCCUUCAUCCCGCACCAAACAUCGUCAAUAGAAGGAACACAGACCUCUACCAUAUCAAGAUCGAUCUCGCAUCUGAAGGCUACAUUUCAGUGUUCAUGUCCAACAGUACAGCCUCCGCGUUCUGCAAAAGCGAGGUAGAGCUGGACUCGGAGGGUGGGCCAAAAGGAGAGCUACAAUUGGCUGUUCGAAAUUCCACAAAGGUCGUGGCUAUACCUGUUCACCAAGAAGCGGCUGAUAGUUUCUGCCUCCAUUUCAAGAACGCGGAGGGUGUUGACGGUUCACCGAGUGGCAAAGGUUCUGGGAGCUCAACAGCAAUAGCUUCGGUAUCAGAAGGCAAAAUGCCGAAGGUUACUCCGAGCGAGACAACGUCGGAGAGUGUGUCGAAGUCAUCUAAGCACGCGUCUACGGUAGUUACCGCUUCGGAAACUGACACUGAUGACUCUGCAUCAGCGACAUCCGCAACCUCGACCAGCAAGACAACUACGUUAAACACCUUCGAUAUUACUCAUGAGAUAGAGACUUCGAAGUCGACAAAACAUGUACCUACGGAGGAAACAGCCUCCGAGUCAGGAUCUGCUACCACUGAUGAAGGUACAGGUAUGACCGUGUCUAAGACCUCCAAAGCGGACGACAGCAGCAGUGGAUCUGAGGCAAUAAAGUCUUCAAAGCACAAGUCCACGUCUGCAACGGCUUCGGACAGUGACUUGGAUACUUCGGAAUCAGCAUCUGAUGUGUCUAGCAAGCACAAGACCAAAUUCACAGCGAGCGGAGCCGACGAUGAUUUCUCGAAGACGGUCGAAGCUUCAGGUACACCGACGGUGUCAAAAGCUGCGAACGCCGACCCUUCUGCACCCGAAGAAAGCGCCUCACCUUCGACUAAGGCAAAGUCAAAGAUUUCCGAAGCUACUGAGACUGAGGAUAUACCCGAAUCUGCAACAUCAGUCCGGGAGUAUGGGCGUCCAGCUGCAGACCCUGCAAACCCUGCUGACCUUGACACAUCUACGACGUCCAACGCCACACCAGCCGCUGUUCCGGUCAGCACAACUACCGACGAGCCGUUCACUGAAGCAAGCAUAAACUCGUUUUACUCGUAUAUAAAGAGCUUUGUAGAGACUGCUCCAGACCCACCAUCAACCGCGCACAUUGCUGAUCAGACUUCGAUAAAGACGACCGACUCUGCAAACGGGGCUGUGCGACGCGGUAUACUAAUAGCGCCAACGCCGGCUUUGGUAGGUUUCAGGGCUGAAUCGAAUCCUCACUCGACAGGUAACAGUAUGACAUAUACCUCCGACUAUAGCUGGAAGGGUGCCGUCUCUACUGCUACAGCUUCCACCACAGCGUCGAGUAACGCGGCGAUCGGGAGACUGAAACCACCUUCCCUACUCUGGCGUAUGUGGUACCCCGCGACUCCCACAAAAGUCAUCCAUUCGAGAAGCUUCAGUGGGCCUGGUGAAGAGCCUGAGCAGGAAGGCGAGGGGUUUUUCAAUAUCGAUGGAGAAGAUGAUGAACCUACCGGGGUCAGUUCUGGUACCGAUGGAGUGGAAGAGGAGACGGCCAUUGCUACGAAGUUUGCGCAUAAACAGGAGGAUAAGGAUGGGGAUGAUGAAGGAAUUGAUGCGAAGGACGGAGACGAGGAAGAGGAAGAGCUACCGGCUGAUGGGGAAAUGAUACCUGGCGAAGGAGCUGAGACUGAUGAAGGAGCGGCUGGAGAUGACGAGACGCCUACGUCUACGAAGAGCAAGGUGUCACAUACUAAGACUGCAGCAGAUGAGGAAGAUGACAGCGCGCCAACUACCGACGCAUCUACGGACGUUGAGGAGAAGGUCACAUCCACCAAGAAGAAACCGACAGAUACGGGUAAUGACACUACCUCGACGGCCACCGCAUCCGAUGACGACGAAGAGAAGGCGACAUCCACCAAGACAAAACCGGUAGAAGAUGACGAUGAAGCUACACCGACUUUCACUUCAUUCAAAGAUGUCGAGGAAAAGGCAACGUCUUCAAAGACAAAACAUGUAGAUGACGACGAGGAAGCUACGCCCACUUCCAAAGCAGCCAAUGACACCCCGCCUGAAGAAGACGAUGCACCGCCCAACGGCGACGAUGAAGAGUCCGAGGCUGACACGUCCGCCAAUGACAAUACCUCCACAACCACUUCCCACAAGCCCAAAUCCACGAAAUCCGCAACUUCCAACUCCGAUGAUGACGCUGAGGAAGAACCGACUACGACCUCUAAAUCCAAAUCCAAAUCCUCCCACAAGUCCAAAACGACAAUUCCUUCCUUGGCAUCCGGCGUGUCCUUCGCUUUUCCCUCUAGCACGUCUCUGAAUCCUAACCUAAACGCCGGAGCUAUACCCACACCCCCUCCUAUCCCAACAGGCACCGCACCCCUCCCCAUACCAACCCAACCCAUAAUCUGGGACCCAGACUGUCCCCAGAUUUCAACAUCCACUCUUACCGCACCCAACGGCGUCACUACAACCCUUCCCAUGACCGUAGGACUGGGUUGUUGGCGCACACUACCACAGGCUGGGAAUGGAGGGAAAGAUGGAUAUGGAGGGAAUGGAGGGAAUGAGACGAGUGGAGCAAACGGACAUAUGAUCAAGAGUAAAGCGUGGAACAUUCUGAGUGAUGAGCAGAAUGUGAAGUUGGGCGUGGUGUGUUGGAUGGUUAUUGGGGGGAUCUUUUGGCAGUAA